AUGGAAUUUACAACGAUAAGUUUAGUAUUAGUAUAUCUUGCCACACUUGCCACUACUGCAGUCGUACAUUAUCCAAAAGUCACAGAAGAUAACUACGAAACCAACAAUGAUAAUAUUAGAACAAUAAGAAAUCAUGAAAAAAUUAAGAAACCAGGUUUUAAUCCUGCACCGUUUACAUAUCAAUCAGCAAGUCAACAAGAUUACCUAAAACAAAGGUACGCUGAACAACAACAAGUAAAUGUUGAAGAAAUAGCAAGGUUGAGGCGAAAAGCUAAUUCUAAAAACAUUCAUAACAUAUACCAACAAUCUACAUUAGAACACGACCCUAGUUCUGAACCUUACGACUGGCAACCUUUUCUUUCUACAGCACAUAGAAGACAUGACAGAAGUUCGAAGGAAUAUAUUCCUUUAGUUGUUAAUACUCAAAAAGAAAAACGAGACAACACAUUUCAACUUAAUUCUGAAAGUAAACAAGAAGACAACAAAAAACCAAUGUCUAGUCAUAUUAUAUACGUUGAUCCAAGAAUAUUACGAAAAGUUUUUGAGCUCAAAAACCAGCGAAAACAAAUACAGAGUAGAUCAAUUUCUAUAGAACAGGCAACUUUAGUAGAUUCUAAUUCUCUUAACGAAAUACUCAAUAAAAAUCCACAUAUUCAAUUAGAAAGCCUUAGAAAUAUUCUGCAGGAUCCAAAUCAAAGAAACAGAAUAUUUCCAGUCAUUGAAGGCCCUCAACCAUUCCAACAAAAAGAUCAUACUCCCAUUACAGAAAGAACAGUUGAUGUACCCAAUCCUAGAUCCAAACCAAAUAUCCAAGUAAAUCAUGAUCAACCUCAAGAUCAGCAAGCUCAUCCCCAACAACAUACCCAAGAAGACAACGAUCCAGUUUUAACUUCUAUUAUUCCUCAACAAGGUCAAACUAUUACCAAAGAAGCAUUUGAUCAAAUCCAGAAACAGUUAGAAGCGUCAUCCAAAUACCAAGUACACGAUGCACUAUUUCGAGCUCAGCAAGAUGCACAAGCGCAUGUUGAAGCACAACAUAAAGCCAUAGAGCAAGCUCAGAGAGCUAUUUUAGAGAAUGUCCAGAAACAGUUACAAGAUGCAGGAGGAUCUCCAGAGGCUCUAAGAUAUGUUCAAGAACAGAUACCCCAAUUCAAAUCUUCUGAAAAGAAUUCAGAAGAUGCUCCACAAGCAUUAAGAUUGGUUCAAGAAAACGUACCGCAGUAUGUAACUCAUAUAAAUGUUCCUAUGUCAGUACCUGUAUACCCCACCCCAUUACCCAAACAGGUGGUGUCACCAGUACAUCAAGUUACAAUACCUACUUCUAACGUACGAAUACAAUCUUACAAACCAACUUCAUUACCCGAUUAUAUACCAAAAAAUGUUGCUCAUGGAAAAGAACAAAAUAUAGUUCGUGAACAACCUCAGUUGCCCAAAUUUAAAAUUAUAAAAAUAAAUCCAAGUACUACACAAAUACCGAAACAUUUCUUUAUUCAACCUCAAAAUAAACAAAAUUUAAUUUCACAAAAACCGACAGCGGCCCAACAGUCUCUUGCUAAAAAAAUAGAACAUUAUGCCCCUAAUCAUCUGCAUCAAGCCGUAGCUCAGUUACAAGCUGAAAAAGUAUUGUUAGCUCAAGUUCAGUCGCAUAAUAAUGCAAUUAUGAAUGCAAAAAAAGGUGGAAAUAGAUAUGUUGGACAGAAGUCACAAAUUGAUUAUGCAAGUGCGGAUAAGGUCCAAGAUAAAGAAGCCCAUGGUUCAGCGAAUGCUUAUCAGCAUAUAGUUUUGGAACCAAAACAAAAAUCAAGAGAGAAGCAGAUACAUCAUGAGGAGCCACAAGAUGAAAAUGACGAUGUAAGUAAAUCUGUUUUUUUAUUUUCACAUAUUAUUCAAAAACGUGAUGUUAUCUAUAAUCCUAGUAAUAUUUCUGAUGAAUACGAAGAAUAUUAUGAAUAUUAUGAUGAUGAUACACCUGUUAAUAUUACCCAUACAAGUUAUUUAGCUAUUAAAAACGAUAUGUCUCUUGCGAACAGUAGUAAUAGAAGUAACAACGAUUCUGAAUAUUAUUAUGAAUAUUAUGAUGACGAAAUGGUCGAAGAAGGGAAUAAUAAAAAUUUAAAUCCGAAAUAUGAAGGAAAUAUAAAAAAAUUGAGGAAUCAAAGUAUAAGUAGUAAAGUAAAUAGUUUGAUUUUAAAAGUUGAUAAUCCUGUCAACCUGAGUGAAAAUUACUAUACCGGUGAAUAUAUUGAGAGAAAAAAUGAUGGUGGCCGUGAAAUUGAAAAACCGAAACCCGCGAUGCUUCUUCCUUAUCAUUCAAAAUUUAAUAAUUAUUAUCAAAAUAAUCAAAAUAACGUGUAUGGGAAUGAUUAUGACAAUCCACAAUUUCAAUCAGACGAUAGUGUACCAUCACGAAAUGAAUAUUAUGAUAAUUAUGCUGAUAAAGAUUAUGAGAUAAUGUAUCCUCCUGAGGAAAAUGUACCUUCUGGUACUGAUUAUGACCCAAAUUCUGAUAGACGAUAUUUAUCUCAAUCUAAUUAUCAUAAUCCUGAUAGGGAAGUAUACUCUAUUGAUAAAUUUGAUAACAAUCAUUAUAAGAGUCAUGCAAAUAAUUUUUUAGAUCGUAAAUUUCAUCUACCAAUUCAAACUUCUUACGUUUCUCAUUCACAUACCAAGGUACCUUAUCACCACCACCAUCAUCAUAAACCGCAGGAAGUUAAUUGUAAGCCUGUGAUUGUUGUUAAUAAUCAUAAACCGUCGACUUAUAGAAAAAGAAAAAAACCACAUAAGAGGUGGCGAAGGACGCACAAAAAUGUUCAUUCUCGUGCUCCUCGUCCAUCUACUCAAGAAAUUAUAAAAAAAGUCAAAGCAGCCUUUAGUAAAAUGAAAAUGGAUUUUUAA